AUGGCAAAUAAAAUACUAGAUCCAAUCUUUAGAUUAUACGAUCCGAUUCGUUAUUCAUUUAACAAGAAAAAAGAGGAUUAUAUUAUCAUCUCACCGACUGUUGGUUCUAAAUCCCAAUUGAAUGAUGGUGGUAGAAUUACCUUCGAAAUAAAUUCAUUAUCGAAUUGGUUGCUUCUUUCCGAUGCUUAUUUCAGAUGCGAUUUCAAAAUUAAAGAUGGAACUCAGAAUCAAGUACCACAAACUAAUACAACGUUAGAAAACAAUUUCUUUCCAUCUUUAUUUAGCGAGAUGGUUUUGGAAGCUGGUUCAAAUCCGAUAGAAACAAUCAAACACCCUGGGGAAUUCGACACAAUGUUGAAAACAGUUUUAUAUCCUAAAGAUUUCGAUUCAGUCUCAGGUUGGAUACCCGAUGUUGGCGAUGGAAGUGUUUUAAAAGAACCGUCUCAAAUGUUGAAAGUGGGAAAAUUAAUCAAACCAGAGUUUGCUGAAAUGGAGGUGUUAGAUAUCAAAAUGGAAGAAUUUGACAUCGCAAAAAUGCAAUGGACGCCUUUAAAAGAUGUGAAAUUAUCUGUAUGUAAGGAAAGCUUCGCUAAGGGUGGUUUUCGCGCUGCAUACAAUGCAACGUCCCUUUCAGGCCUCUGCACAUCAACCAAAUAUGUUGUAAAGAAAUAUUUGCCAGAACAAAUUCCCAACAUACUAACUAUGUUUAACUCUUUAGAAAGCCACACACGAAAAGCGGUGCAGAUGAAUUCCUUGGCUGCUAAUUUUGCCCAGAGUUUGAAAUUCGAUUCACCACCAGAAUAUGGUCCCUGUUUCACAUAUAACCCCGUAUUUUUUGGAAAAAUGGCAAAGGAUGAAUGUAUUACCAUGGAAAAGCACAUUGAUGGAUUAUUUGCUAAGUAUAUAAAUAAUACAGGACAUAUUGUUGCUCAGGCAAUCUGUCAUCUAUGGCAAUAG